CCGACAAAUAGAGACCACAAAUGAAAGCGUCCAGUAUUUGGAGUAUGGCGGUGCAUGGGAAGAUGUUUAGAAUAUGUAACGUUGUUGGUCAAUAUCGUAACAUUUUAUUGAAUAGGCACACUUCGUCGUUAUACCAACAAAAUGCAGGGCUCAAGAAAUCAGUUGAAGAGAAACUAGGGUUGCCACCAAAACCUAAGAAGCCCCUUACACCGUAUUUCCGUUUUAUGGCCCAGAUCCGACCAGCCAUAGUUCAGAAGAAUCCUCAAGCAAAAUUAACAGAUAUUGCAAAGCUGGCUGGAACAGAAUGGGGAAAGGCAGACAGUUCAGUGCGGGAACAGUUACAAGCGGAAUAUAAACGAGAAAUGGUUGAUUAUAUGGCAGCACAAGUCAAGUAUAACCAGAAAUUAACCGAUGAGCAGCAUGAGGAAAUAAAGAAGGCAAAAAUUGAAAUAGCAGAAUUAAAAGAAAGAAGACUGUUAAAGAAGAAAAAGAAAGAACUGGGAAAGCCAAAGAGACCACUUUCAGCAUUCUUGCUGUUUAUGACUGAAAAGAAGGAUGAACGUGGAACUCAGUCAUUUAAAGAUUGGCAGAUACAGAUGCAAAAUGAAUGGGAAAAGCUAUAUGAAGAGCAAAAAUCUGCAUACAUGGCACGAUCUAGAAAAUUAUUUGAAGAAUAUAAACGUGAAAUCCAAAUUUGGGAAGAAAAAAUGAUUCGACUCGGACACAUUGAUGUAGUCCGCAAUGAAGCCUUGAUUCAGCCUAAGAGACAGGGUACCAGUGUAUCUCAGAGAUCUAGAGGAAGUGAAGAAUAGGAAUUGAAGUGUCCUGGUCCAGACACUCUGUCUUCAUGCUCAACUGUAGAUGGAGAUUUGCUAAGAGAUGGAGCUGGUGUACCAUCCCAAGAGACUGGAAAGCUUGCGGGUCAGGACACAGAUGCUACAGAGUUGAGUGUUUUCAAAGAGAACCAAGCCACAAAGCUUAGAGUGAGCAGUUGUGACGUAGUAGAUACAGAAAAUGUUGAAGGGAUUAGAAGUAAUGUCAAGGAGAAGUGUAGAAGUAACAUAUUGGAUGCUAUUGAUAAAAGUAAGACAGUUAAAAAUAAACUGUCUGAAGAGUGGAAAAAUAUUAAAAGUAAGUUCCCAGAUGGUUAUCAGUGGCAUGUUGUGAUCUUAUCUGGAGUAGUUAUAUGUACUGUCUUCUGCCUCAGAUUCAUUCUGUAAUUUGCAUUUUUAUACUAUGUAUAGCAGACAGGAUCUAAAUAUAGAAUAGUAAGUGAGAGUAAUGUACGUAUGGUAUCAUAAGUAAUGUUUUUGAUAGUGGUUUGUAACAGCAUGGACAUUUUUAAUACUAAUUUUGAAAGUUUUAAGUUCUUGUUUAAUAUGAAUACUUGUAAAAAAACAGGUAAUUUUAUUUUUCCAUUACAUGUCUGUGCCCUGAUGUAUCCUGAAACAGUUCCAUAGCUUGCAGACUGAUAAUGCUUCUGUGCAGGUAUGACAGUCUUGAAUAGGGCUCAGUGUGGAAAUUCAUAUUACUGUAUGAAGAUAUACUGUCUCACACAUGAUAUUGUUGAGAUAGAACACCUAAAGCUAUAUUAAUCAAACAUUUCUUGCUGUUUUUUUAUUUCAAAUUGGGUCAAAAUAGUUUUAAUAUUUUAUAGCCAGAGUCCACAGUGUGAAACCAUGUAAUGAUAAGAAUAGUAAACUACAUUCUUCUUUCUUCUGGUAAUAUACAAUAGUACAUCAUAUUGGAAUUUCUUUACAUAAAAUGCAAAAAUGAAGAAAAUGUAAUACCUUUCCCAAAACUUAUCUAAAAGAUAAUUUUCAAAUUUCUGUUGCUCUCUUUUGUAAUAAGAGUAUAUUGUUUUUUUAUAUUUAAAAUGUGUCUUUUUUUUACAAAUUUUAAAUACAUUCACCUUGUCACAUCUGAGUACCAGCACUUCCCCCCACCCCGCAAGAAGUAAGUACUGGUUUAAAUCGUGAAUGAGAUAUCUUGUAUGUAUUUCUACAAUUCAAGACAAGCUAAUGUAAAACAUUUCUCUUGUAUGUGUUUAGACUUGCUGUAUUCUCUCAUCUCCCUUCUCGUUUAUCUUUCUAUGUAGUUCAUAUUGUGGUUUGUUGGUUUAUGACACGGUUUAGUCUGGUAGGUACUCCCACUGCCAUGAAUACCUUAAAUAUUAUAUAUCUAAACCUCAUUGUCCCCAAUAAUUAAUACUGCUGAUAUGAGUGAAAAUGUUAAUAGCAAUGAUUUAUGGUUCAUAGCAUAAAUGACUGCCCACUGUUAUUAUUGUUAAACUAGUUUCAAAAUGUUAAGAAUAUUUAAUUGACAAAUCUAAUUAUUUUUGCAUGUGACAAAGAUGUUUUCUAACCACUGCUCACCUAACAUUGACCCACUGUAUAAGUUUUCUGUAUUCAAAGUUUGUUGUGAAGAGAGGCAUGUCAUUUAGUGAGCACGUUUUAUGGUCUCAUCAGUCAAACUGAAACCCUGACACCAAGCAGGUUGGUACAGUGGUAAUGCUUUGGUCUUUUAUUCACAGAAUACUUGCCUCAGAUGUUGGCCAGGACAUAGGCCAUCUUGAAUGAGGUUGUUUGUUGUUUUAAUAUCAACCAUUCUACCAUACGAGGCCAAAUAGAUUUGUGCUAUUGACAGCAUCAUGAAAUGACUCCCUUUACCCUGAUUAAAGUCCAGUGACUAAUUACCAUAGGAAAGCCUGAUAACAGUAUGCCUUUGUUUGAGAAGGAGUUAUGAAAUGUAGAUCUUUGCUAAGACAGGUAUUCUUAGUUCCCUUGAACUAUUUCAUAUGAGCAUUAUUGAUGCUAAAUGUACAGAAAUGUUGAACAUAAACAGUGUUUCAUUUCAAAUUAAGCAUAAAAUUUUGUGUUCAUGUUUGUGUUUUGAAGUGCAAAUAUUUCUUUCUGAAUAAACUCAUAAUAUCAAGUACACAUAUAAAGUGAAUGCAUUAACAGGUACAGUUUCUCAUGCUUUCAUUGUAUAUACUGAUAUGUAGGUUGAGUGAUACUAUACCAGCAAAAAACACUGCAUUCUACAGAAUUUAAUGUAGUGACAGGUGACAUAUCACUCCUUUCACAUGGCUUAAGACCAUGUGAAAUAUUGGUAACACUUAUCUUCUGACAUGUUGGUCCGACAGUUAAGUUCGCGAACACAUCACGGUAAAAACGCUGCAUACAUCAUUGCUGAAUAUCACUGUGGUCGCCUUCAAAGUACUCCCCUUGGGAAGCUAUACACAAAUGCCAGUGCCUAGUCCACCCUUUAAAACAAUAUUGAAACUGGUUUUAUGGAAAUGCCUUCCUUUAUCUUCAGGAACAGAAAAAAAUCAUUGGGGGCUAGAUCCGGUGAAUAGGGAGGGUGUUCCAGCACAGUUAUUUGUUUACUAGCUAAGAACUCCCUCACAGACAGUGCCGUGCGAGCAGGUGCAUUGUUGGGAUGCAAGAUCCACGAGUUGCUGGCAAAAAGUUCAGUCGUUUCCGUCUAACUUUUUCACAUAGCCUUUUCAGUACUUCCAAAUAGUAAACUUGGAUGACUGUCCAGUUGGUACAAACUGAUAGUGGACAAUCCCUCUAAUAUCAAAACAAGUUAGCAACAUUAGUUUUGAAUCUUGAUUUGGACUGACGGGACUUUUUUGGUCAUGGAGAAUUGGCAGUCUUGCCUGUCCAAAAGUUCUUGGAAAAUUUUGACUCUUCUUUGCUUUUGAUCUAUGGUGAGCUUCUUUGGGACCAUUUUUGCACACACCUUCCUCAUGUCAAGAUCUUCAGUUGACAUUUUCCUAACUGCUUCUCUGUCAAUGUUCAUUUGCUCUGCUAUGCCCCUGGCAGUCAGCUGACGAUUUUCACUCACAAUUUGACAAACUUUUGCAAUGUUUUCUUAAGUUCUGUUUGUUGCUGGCCAUCCUGAUUUCAUCAGUGACACUUUCUCUUCCCUCAGAAAAACGUGCCACCCGUUUGUAAACUGCUGUUUUCUUCAUAGCAUUAUUCCUGUAAAUUUGCACUAACAUUUCUCUGAUUUUGCUUCCACUCUUGCCAAGUUUAACAAGAAAAUUAACGUUCGUUUGUUCGUUCGUUGCUCUGAGUCAAGCUCUGACAUUCUUGCAACAGCUCACCAAAACAAUAAUAAAUGUCACUCAGAAAGAGACUGCCAUAAGAUCAACAACACAGCUGUGAAACGCUGAUAUGCCAAUGUCAUCAAACCAUACUGAGGUUUCUGUCCACUGCUGCCAUGGCAAGCUCACAGUGGCAAGUUCACGAACUUUGUCAGACUUUAUAUUUUUGUAACUUUCUUAUGCUUUAAAUAAAGCAAGACUUGAAUGUGCAGUUUCUAACUUGACCUCGUACAUUCACUCAUUUGGAUCUAACCUCUCAGAAGUAUAGACUAUUAGUGCUUUUUUUCUACAAAGGUGCUGAUACUAAGAUAAAACGAAGGGAUGGAAAAGAAGGUGUCAAGACUUUACAUCUUUUUUUAAUAUCAGACUAAACAUAUUCUGGAUACGAAAUGGAACACAGAAAUCCAUGUAAUAAAAUAACGUAUUCUUGCACAUUAAUAAAACAUGUUUAUUUGCUUAUUUUUGUCUGUCGUGCCAGUAUGGUGUUCUAGUGUGUACUGCCAGAAGAACAGCUCUGCACAUUAUCAUCAGUGGUCUUGUGAAAAAAAAAAAAAAAA